AUGAAACCAAAAGAGUUCUUAUGCUACCCGGAGAGUCCAAGUCUCUGCGAGCUAAUGAAGACGGAUUCCUUGCCCAUGCUGCUUGUUGGAACUUACUUCACCUUGUUUACCAAACGACAGGUGCAGGACAAGCAAAUGAACACUUGCCUCUCCGAAGGCUGUAUCUGGCUAUGCAAGGAGCAUUUGGAAUUUGAGGGAGAUGACAUGAUUGAAUGGAGGGAUAGCAGAUUAUAUGGUGACUAUGUUGAUGUUCCUCAGCCUUGGCCGCAAUUCUUGAGGUGGAAUCACGAGCCACUUGUCGCCGACCCUGAAUUGAAACCAGACUUCUCACAGCUGUUCGUGGCUGCAACUACUCCUCCCCGCGAUCCAUUUUCAAACUUACCAGCUGAAAUAUGUAUUAUGAUCAUGGAACUGCUGCCUUCAAGCGAUGUCAAGUCUCUUAUCAACGCUAGCCAACGCUUUGCUGGUAUAACCAACGGGUUUCCGAAUACCUUUCUGGAAUCGAGAAUCUACCAUGAGACUCCGUGGGUCGAAGGAACUGGCUUCUGGAAAGAGCUGUCCUUACUCAAAAAGGAGGGACAGCGAUCUAUAGACUACAAAAGUCUUGCCAGGGACAUUGCUUCCAGAUCCAGAUUGCAAUGCCCGUGUUUCGAAGAGCCUCCGCGCAAAGCCCGGCGAUGUUUCGAACGCUGUCAUGACCAUGACCAUUGGCCUUGGAGAGGCGCCGAGGAUUGGCUGGGACUCAAGAAUCGCUGUCGGAUAUGGAAGUGCUGCGAAGCGAUCCUGGAGCAGAUUGGAGGUAAAUUAGGUAGUGACGGUUCGAGGUAUGCAGAGUUGCGAAAGAGAGCAGACUUUCGUCUGGCAUCCAUCAACCCUUUGCCUGGAGAUACUAGUCGAGAGUGGCACGAACGUCCUGAAAGCCGCCGAGAUCUGUCAGAGAUCUACUUCUGCUCAGAUCUUCCAGGCACUCUGAGGAUCUUUACAGAAUCAGAUGGCUCAAUCCAUGGAAUCCAGUGGAUUCAAGUGGCAAAAAGUCAGUUGAUUGGCUGGCGUACCGAAAAGGCUCAGGAACUUGUGAUCCCCAAAGAGACCACUAUUUGUGGGUUUAUCCUCUCGUUGGGUCAAAGCACGGCAACAGAUAAGAAGCCUCAAAGCGUCAGGGGGCUACACUAUUGGACCACUUCUGGGCUGUAUGGUCUCGGGCAACUAGACGACAAUGACCUGGUUCAUGUCUUUUGGCCUGGAAAUGGUUGGCUGAACACGAUUGUCGGAAUUGCAGCACACGCACAAAAAACCCGGUUUCUCACAUUUGGCAUUAUAACCAACCCACCAGCGGGACAAAAAUGUGAUUGGAAUUUCCAGUCUCAACAUUCACACCCGCUGGAAUUGGGGUUACCAUCUACCCACAUACUUGCCUUCUUUCAUUCGUGUCUCACCAGCAAUUGGUAA